AGCUGCUAGAAUUAUAUGAAACAAACUUCUUCUGAUCAGUUGUUUCUUUAGUCCGGAAUCGAUCAGACGGUGGCAAGCUCAGCUCUUAUAAAUAAAUUAAUAAGAAUUAAAUAGAACUUAACACAUAGAAAGGGCUAAGAUACCCUUUUUCGCUUAAUAUAUACAAAAUGAUAGUUUAAAGACGAGCUGAGAGUUCUUAUCUCUAAAUAGUAAUAAUAAUAGUGUUAAAAGAAAUUAAAGCCUUGAAUAUAUUUUUAAAAAAAAGCAGUUAGUGAUCGAUUCCAGAAAACAAAACCACGUUGUGAUAUCGGUUUCUCGGAAAUUUAGAUAGUGAUUGUGCCAAAAAUAUAGAAUAUAUAUUUUUGGAAAAAAAUCCUGGAUAUAAAUUACUCCUCCUGCAGUCUCCUAUUGGAUCAUUAGAGAUACACCGAUAUAGACAAUGUUGCCGAUUGUGAAGAAACUGAGUGUCAUAUAUAACUGGUACGCCCUAGCUAUAGUGACCAUUGGUUACAUUUUUGGCGAAUUGGGCCACUACUUGAUUGGCGUAACAUCGAAACAAACAGCAAUUGAAUUGGAUUAUGGUGAUCAUGCUUGUCAGCAAAAUAACACAGACUUCACAAGACAUGAAAUACCAUUUCAAUGUGGUGCAAUAAUGAAUGAAACAGCAUGCUACGACCUCAAUGUGAAUGGGACACCGUACUGCGAGUGGAACUACAACGGACUCGGAAUCGAUUAUCAACUUUUAGCUGGUCCAAGUUUUAUCGCGGUGUUUACAAUCGCCGGAGUAUUCAUGGGAUUCGUAGCUGACAAAUUUAAUCGAGUUAAAAUGUUAACAGCCUGCACUCUAGUAUUUGCUGUUGCUAUUAUCCUUCAAGGUACCGUCAAGGAAUAUUGGCAACUCAUUCUUCUUCGUAUGAUUAUGGCAGCUGGUGAAUCAGGAUGCAAUCCAUUGGCACAAGGCAUCAUGUCCGAUAUAUUCCCUGAAGAUAAACGAGCCUUAGUCAUGGCCAUCUUCAAUUGGGGAAUUUACGGUGGAUAUGGUAUCGCUUUCCCAGUUGGACGUUACAUUACCAAAUUAAAUUUAUGGGAUUUGGGAUGGCGUGUAUGUUACUACGGAACUGGUGUUUUGGCCGUGCUUUUUGGAAUAUUAACCGGGACAACCCUGAAAGAACCAGAAAGACAAGCAAUUGGCGAACAAAAUGAAAACAAGUCUAGCCAGGAAAUCUCCCUCUGGAAAGUCUUAACACAACCAAGAAUGAUCCUUCUUAUGAUUGCCGCGUCCAUUCGACAUUGCGGAGGCAUGACUUUCGCCUACAAUGCUGAUUUGUACUAUAACACAUAUUUCCCAGACGUUGAUUUAGGAUGGUGGUUGUUCGCCGUAACCAUUGGUAUUGGAAGUAUUGGAGUCGUGGUUGGAGGAAUAGUAUCUGAUAAAAUUGUAGCUAAGAUGGGAAUCAAAUCGCGAGUUCUUGUUCUCGCUCUCAGUCAACUGAUCUCAACACCGCCUGCAUUCGGAUCAGUUUAUUUCGACCCUCUUUGGGCUAUGAUCACCCUCGGACUGAGCUACUUCUUCGCUGAAAUGUGGUUUGGAAUCGUAUUCGCUGUUGUUGUAGAAAUUGUUCCAGUCCAAGUACGAUCAACUACCAUUGGUGUAUUCUUGUUUGUGAUGAACAACAUUGGAGGCAACCUUCCAAUUUUGGUUGACCCAGUCGCUAAGGCUAUUGGAUAUCGAGGAUCGAUUAUGAUCUUCUAUGCUGGAUUCUAUGGAGUCAGUUCCAUUCUAUUCUUCAUCACCAUGUUCGUGAUGGAACCAAAACAAGAAGAGAAACCAAAAUCACCAGUGCCAAAGCACAGUCUUAACACCAUUUCACGGGACUUUGGACACGACAAUUCAACAUUCGCCGAUGAAACCGGAUCAGGACAUUUGGCCACUUUGAACGGGCACCGACAUCAACAUCGGAACGGAAAACCUAUUCCCACGCCGGAAACGUUCAAACCACUGGAGAGCAGCAGACUGUAAAGGGACGAAUGAUAUUUUAGGAAGUCAAAUACCAGAAAAAGAAAACUUCGAAAAAUUGUAACAAAUCGAAAUCAUGCAUGGCCAUUAAAUACGAGUAUCAUUCCUGAUGUCAUCUAGUAGUAGUUCAGGUCAUCCUGAUGUGUACAGCAUCCUGUAAAAAUCUAAAACUGCAAUUUAGGACUUAAUGAGUCUUUAACGUUACUUUUAUCUUUUAUUUUCGAACCUCAGUGUUACACUUGUAUUUAUAUCUUUUUUAAUUGUUAUCUUAUGGUAAAUAAUAGAUGAAAAUCUGUAUAGUUCGUUUAUACAAGAUACUUUUCAUCAAUCUCUUAAACGAGUAAUAACAAGCGUACGUUUUAUAUGGAUAACUUUUGUAAUCCUCAGAAUUAUCUAGGCUUAAGUAAGUGUUUAGUGUUUUAUAAUUUUUAAGUUUUGUGCUAGUAACAGACAAUGUGUAUUAAAAUGACGUCAUUUGAUUAGAAGCAUUGCUUAAUUGUUAAGAGUACAAAGAGGCAACUAGGACCAGCGGCUGGUUACAGUUAGGGGCGACAAAAUGAAUACAAUGUAAUGUGAUGUUUUGUAUGUACUUCAAAGAAUAACGACAAUAAAAUUGUGAAUAUUAUUUCUA